GAAUUGGCCGCUGCGCCUCCUCCCGAGGCAUGCUGGGAGCCUGGAGGACUAGCGAGGAGGAGUUGAGAGAACGGAGCGGACGCCAUGGCGGCCGACAUCGAGCAGGUUUUUAGGUCUUUCGUGGUCAGUAAAUUCCGGGAAAUACAACAGGAGCUUUCCAGUGGAAGGAGUGAAGGCCAGCUGAAUGGCGAAACAAAUGCACCUAUUGAAGGAAACCAGGCAGGUGAUACAGCUGCCUCUGCAAGGAGUCUCCCAAAUGAAGAGAUAGUGCAGAAGAUAGAGGAGGUCCUUUCUGGGGUCUUAGAUACAGAACUACGAUACAAGCCAGACUUGAAAGAGGCCUCCAGAAAAAGUCGAUGUGUAUCUGUACAAACAGAUCCUACUGAUGAAGUUCCCACCAAAAAGUCAAAGAAGCAUAAAAAGCACAAAAACAAAAAGAAGAAAAAGAAGAAAGAAAAAGAAAAAAAAUAUAAAAGACAACCAGAAGAAUCUGAGUCCAAGCUGAAAUCUCAUCAUGAUGGGAAUGUUGAUCUAGAAUCUGAUUCCUUCUUAAAGUUUGAUUCUGAACCUUCAGCAAUGGCACUGGAACAUCCUGUAAGAGCAUUUGGCUUCUCUGAGGGAAGUGAAACCCCCUUAGUGCUAGAACCUUCAGUAGUCUCAAUGGAGGUUCAGGAGUCACACGUUUUAGAGACUCUGAAGCCAGCUACAAAAACUGCAGAACUGUCGGUUGUAUCUACAUCAGUAAUCUCAGAGCAGUCUGAGCAGCCUGUGCCAGUGAUGCUGGAACCAUCAAUGACAAAAUCAAUUCUGGAUUCUUUCGCAGCAGCACCAGUGCCUAUGUCAACAGCAGUGCUGAAGUCACCUGAGCCCGUUGUAACAAUGUCAAUGGAGUAUCAGAAGUCUGUGCUGAAAUCUUUGGAGACUAUGCCUCCAGAGAUAUCAAAGACCCCGCUGGUAGAGCUUCCCAUAGCAAAAGUGCUUGAACCAUCAGAAACCCUCACAAUAGUAUCAGAGACACCUACUGAGGUGCACCCUGAACCAAGCCCAUCAACAAUGGAUUUUCCAGAGUCAUCUACAACUGACGUGCAAAGAUUGCCAGAGCAGCCUGUAGAAGCACCAUCGGAGAUCGCAGAUUCAUCCAUGACAAGACCUCAGGAGUCACUGGAGCUGCCUAAGACCACAGCGGUGGAGCUGCAGGAGUCGUCGGUGGCCUCAGCCCUGGAGUUGCCGGGGCCACCUGCGACCUCCAUGCUGGAGUUGCAGGGGCCCCCUGUGACUCCAGUGCCGGAGUUGCCUGGGCCCUCUGCCACCCCAGUGCCAGAGUUGUCAGGGCCCCUUUCUACCCCAGUGCCUGAGUUGCCAGGGCCCCCUGCGACAGUGGUCCCUGAGUUGCCGGGGCCCUCUGUGACACCAGUGCCACAGUUGUUGCAGGAAUUGCCAGGGCCUCCAGCACCAUCCAUGGGGUUGGAGCCACCACAGGAGGUACCCGAGCCGCCUGUGAUGGCACAGGAGUUGUCAGGGGUGCCUGCAGUGCCAGCAGCAAUAGAGUUGACAGGGCAACCUGCAGUAACAGUAGCAAUGGAGUUGACCGAACAACCUGUGACGACGACAGAGUUCGAGCAGCCUGUGGCGAUGACAACGGUGGAACAUCCUGGGCAUCCUGAGGUGACAACAGCAACAGGGUUGCUGGGGCAGCCAGAGGCAGCAAUGGUGCUGGAGUUGCCAGGACAGCCAGUGGCAACAACAGCGCUGGAGUUGUCUGGGCAGCCUUCGGUGACUGGGGUGCCAGAGUUGUCAGGGCUGCCUUCGGCAACUAGGGCACUGGAGUUGUCAGGGCAGUCUGUGGCAACUGGGGCAUUAGAGUUGCCUGGUCAGCUCAUGGCAACUGGGGCACUGGAGUUUUCGGGGCAGUCUGGGGCAGCUGGAGCACUGGAGCUUUUGGGGCAGCCCCUGGCAACGGGGGUGCUAGAGUUACCAGGGCAGCCUGGAGCGCCAGAGUUGCCUGGGCAGCCUGUGGCAACUGUGGCGCUGGAGAUCUCUGUUCAGUCUGUGGUGACAACAUCGGAGCUGUCAACGAUGACCGUGUCGCAGUCCCUGGAGGUGCCCUCGACGACAGCGCUGGAAUCCUAUAAUACGGUAGCACAGGAGCUGCCUACUACAUUGGUGGGGGAGACUUCUGUAACAGUAGGAGUGGAUCCCUUGAUGGCCCAAGAAUCCCAUAUGUUAGCUUCUAACACCAUGGAGACCCAUAUGUUAGCAUCCAACACCAUGGACUCCCAAAUGCUAGCAUCCAACACUAUGGAUUCUCAGAUGCUAGCAUCCAAUACCAUGGAUUCCCAGAUGUUAGCUUCUAGCACCAUGGACUCCCAGAUGUUAGCUUCUAGCACCAUGGACUCCCAGAUGUUAGCAACUAGCUCUAUGGACUCCCAGAUGUUAGCAACUAGCUCUAUGGACUCCCAGAUGUUAGCAACUAGCUCCAUGGACUCUCAGAUGUUAGCAACCAGCAGUAUGGACUCUCAGAUGUUAGCAACCAGCUCCAUGGACUCCCAGAUGUUAGCAACCAGCUCCAUGGACUCCCAGAUGUUAGCAACCAGCAGUAUGGACUCCCAGAUGUUAGCAACCAGUUCCAUGGACUCACAGAUGUUAGCAACCAGUUCCAUGGACUCACAGAUGUUAGCAUCUGGUGCUAUGGAUUCUCAAAUGUUAGCUUCUGGCACUAUGGAUGCUCAGAUGUUAGCAUCUGGUACCAUGGAUGCCCAAAUGUUAGCAUCUAGUACCCAGGAUUCUGCUAUGAUGGGUUCAAAAUCUCCUGAUCCUUAUAGGUUAGCUCAGGAUCCUUACAGAUUAGCUCAGGAUCCCUAUAGGUUGGGUCAUGACCCCUAUAGGUUAGGCCAUGAUGCUUACAGGUUAGGACAGGACCCUUACAGAUUAGGCCAUGAUCCCUACAGACUAACUCCGGAUCCCUAUAGGGUGUCACCUAGGCCCUAUAGAAUAGCACCCAGGUCCUAUAGAAUAGCACCUAGGCCAUACAGGUUAGCACCUAGACCCUUGAUGUUAGCAUCUAGACGGUCUAUGAUGAUGUCCUAUGCUGCAGAACGUUCCAUGAUGUCAUCUUAUGAGCGCUCUAUGAUGUCUUACGAACGCUCUAUGAUGUCCCCUAUGGCUGAACGCUCUAUGAUGUCGGCCUAUGAGCGCUCCAUGAUGUCGGCCUAUGAGCGCUCCAUGAUGUCUCCUAUGGCUGAGCGUUCUAUGAUGUCAGCUUAUGAACGCUCUAUGAUGUCAGCUUAUGAGCGUUCCAUGAUGUCUCCUAUGGCUGAUCGAUCUAUGAUGUCCAUGGGUGCCGACCGGUCUAUGAUGUCAUCGUACUCUGCAGCUGACCGGUCUAUGAUGUCAUCAUACUCUGCAGCUGAUCGAUCAAUGAUGUCAUCUUACACUGAUCGGUCAAUGAUGUCUAUGGCAGCUGAUUCUUAUACUGAUUCUUACACUGAUUCCUAUACGGAGGCAUAUAUGGUGCCACCUUUGCCUCCUGAAGAGCCCCCAACAAUGCCACCAUUGCCACCUGAGGAACCACCAAUGACACCCCCAUUACCUCCUGAGGAACCACCAGAGGGUCCAGCAUUAUCAACAGAGCAGUCAGCGUUAACAGCUGACAAUACUUGGUCUACAGAGGUGGCAUUACCUACUGAAGAAUCUGUAUCACAGCCUGAGCCUCCUGUGAGUCAAAGUGAGAUUUCAGAGCCGUUGGCAGUACCUGCUAAUUAUUCAGUGUCAGAAUCUGAGACUUCAAUGUUAGCAUCAGAGGCUGUUAUGACUGUUCCAGAACCUGCACGAGAGCCUGAGUCUUCAGUUACAUCAAUACCAGUUGAGUCUGCUGCAGUAGCAGAACAUGAAAUGGUUCCAGAGAGACCAAUGACUUACAUGGUUUCUGAGAAUACCAUGUCAGCUGAACCAGCUGUGUUAACAUCAGAGGCUUCUGUUAUGUCGGAGACAUCAGAAACAUACGAUUCCAUGAGACCAUCAGGACAUGCUAUCUCAGAGGUAUCUAUGUCACUCUUGGAGCCAGCAGUAACUAUUUCACAGCCAGCAGAGAACAGUCUGGAGCUCCCAUCCAUGGCUGUCCCAGCACCUUCCACUAUGACUACCACAGAAUCUCCUGUUGUUGCUGUCUCAGAACUCCCUGCUGUGGCUGACCCAGAGCCUCCCAUUAUGGCUGUCCCAGAACCCCCCACUGUUGUUGUCCCAGAACCUCUUGUGGCUGCUCCAGAGCCUCCUGCCAUGACUACUGCAGAACUUUGCUCCUUAUCUGUCUCAGAACCUCCUGUGGCUGUCCCAGAGCUUCCAGCUUUGGUUGACCCAGAACAUACUACCACUGCAGUGUCAAGUGUUUCUUCCCUGGAGCCUUCUGUGCCUAUCUUGGAACCAGCAGUAUCAGUCCUUCAGCCUGUUAUGAUUGUUUCAGAACCAUGUGUUCCUGUCCAGGAACCCACUAUGGCAGUUUCAGAACCUGCGGUCAUAGUCUCAGAGCACACUCAAAUAACAGGAUCACCUGACAUGGCUGUAGAGUCUUCACCAGUAAUAGCGGAAUCUAGUGUUAUGUCGUCACAGAUUAUAAAAGGAAUGAAUUUACUUUCUGGUGAUGAAAAUCUUGGUCCAGAGGUUGGCAUGCAGGAGACUCUGUUGCAUCCAAGCGAAGAGCCACAUGAUGGAGGACACUUGAAAAGUGACUUGUAUGAAAAUGAGUAUGAUAGAAAUGCAGACCUUACUGUAAACAGUCAUUUAAUUGCAAAAGAUGCAGAGCAUAAUACAGUGUGUGCUACUUCCAUUGGUCCUGUUGGUGAAACAAGUGAAGAGAAAAUUUUGCCUAUUAGUGAGUCUAAAGAAAUUACAGAAUUGGAUACCUGUCCUCCUGUUAGUGAAGCUGAUGUAGGAAGAAGUCUGUCCUCUCAACUUGCUCUGGAAUUAGAUACAGGAGGAACUAGUAAGGGGUUUGAAUUUGUCACAGCACCUGCACCCAUUUCAGAGAGUAAAUAUGAUGUUGAAGUAUCUAUAACUACUCAGGAUACUGAACAUGACAUGGUAAUUUCAACCAGCCCCAGUGGUGGCAGUGAAGCAGACAUAGAGGGACCUUUGCCUGCUAAAGACAUUCAUCUUGAUUUGCCACCAACUAAUCUUGUUUGUAAGGAUGUGGAAGACUCAUUACCUAUAAAAGAGAGUGACCAGACAGUGGCAGUGGCUCUUAGUCCUAAAGAAAGCAGUGAAGAUACAGAAGUACCUCUUCCCAAUAAAGAAAUAGUUCCUGAUUCAGGAUAUUCUGCCAGCAUUGAUGAAAUUAAUGAAGCUGACUUAGUGAGACCAUUACUUCCUAAGGACAUGGAGCGUCUUACAAGCCUUAGAGCUGGCAUUGAAGGACCUUUACUUGCUAGUGAGGUUGAACGUGACAAGUCAGCUGCCAGUCCAGUUGUAAUUAGUAUACCAGAAAGAGCUUCAGAGUCAUCUUCAGAGGAAAAGGAUGAUUAUGAAAUUUUUGUAAAAGUUAAGGACACACAUGAAAAAAGCAAGAAAAAUAAAAACCGUGACAAAGGUGAGAAAGAGAAGAAAAGGGACUCUUCAUUAAGGUCUCGGAGUAAGCGUUCCAAGUCUUCUGAACAUAAAUCACGUAAGCGUACCAGUGAGUCUCGUUCUAGAGCAAGGAAGAGAUCAUCUAAGUCCAAGUCUCAUCGUUCUCAAACACGUUCACGGUCACGUUCAAGACGCAGGAGGAGGAGCAGCAGGUCAAGAUCCAAGUCUAGAGGAAGACGAUCUGUAUCAAAAGAGAAACGCAAAAGAUCUCCAAAGCAUAGAUCCAAGUCCAGGGAAAGGAAAAGGAAAAGAUCAAGCUCCCGAGACAACCGGAAAACAGUUCGAGCUCGGAGUCGAACUCCUAGUCGUCGGAGUAGGAGUCACACUCCUAGUCGGAGGAGACGGUCUAGAUCUGUUGGUAGAAGGAGAAGUUUCAGCAUUUCCCCCAGCCGCAGGAGCCGAACCCCCAGCCGCAGGAGCCGAACCCCCAGCCGCAGGAGCCGUACCCCCAGCCGCAGGAGCCGUACCCCCAGCCGCAGGAGCCGAACCCCCAGCCGCAGGAGCCGAACCCCCAGCCGCAGGAGAAGAUCACGGUCUGUGGUGAGAAGACGGAGCUUCAGUAUAUCACCAGUCAGAUUAAGGCGAUCAAGAACACCUUUGAGAAGAAGGUUUAGUAGAUCUCCCAUUCGUCGGAAAAGAUCCAGGUCUUCUGAAAGAGGCAGAUCACCCAAACGUCUAACAGAUUUGGAUAAGGCUCAAUUACUUGAAAUAGCCAAAGCUAAUGCAGCUGCCAUGUGUGCUAAGGCUGGUGUUCCUUUACCACCAAACCUAAAGCCUGCACCUCCACCUACAAUAGAAGAGAAAGUUGCUAAAAAGUCUGGAGGAGCUACCAUAGAAGAACUAACUGAGAAAUGCAAACAGAUUGCACAGAGUAAAGAAGAUGAUGAUGUAAUAGUGAAUAAACCUCAUGUUUCGGAUGAAGAGGAAGAAGAACCUCCUUUUUAUCAUCAUCCCUUUAAACUCAGUGAACCCAAGCCCAUUUUUUUCAAUUUGAAUAUUGCUGCAGCAAAGCCAACUCCACCAAAAAGCCAAGUGACAUUAACAAAGGAGUUUCCUGUGUCAUCCGGAUCUCAACAUCGGAAAAAGGAAGCAGAUAGUGUUUAUGGAGAGUGGGUUCCAGUGGAGAAAAAUGGUGAAGAAAGCAAAGAUGAUGAUAAUGUUUUCAGCAGCAGCUUGCCCUCAGAGCCUGUGGACAUUUCAACAGCAAUGAGUGAACGGGCGCUUGCUCAGAAGAGACUCAGUGAGAAUGCAUUUGACCUUGAAGCCAUGAGUAUGUUAAAUCGAGCUCAAGAACGGAUUGACGCCUGGGCUCAGUUGAACUCUAUCCCUGGGCAGUUCACAGGAAGUACGGGAGUACAAGUCCUGACACAGGAACAGCUGGCUAAUACUGGUGCCCAAGCCUGGAUUAAAAAGGAUCAGUUCUUAAGAGCAGCCCCAGUAACUGGAGGAAUGGGAGCUGUUUUGAUGAGAAAAAUGGGCUGGAGAGAAGGAGAAGGAUUAGGAAAGAACAAAGAAGGAAAUAAGGAACCCAUCCUUGUUGAUUUUAAGACAGACCGAAAAGGUCUUGUUGCAGUAGGAGAGAGAGCACAAAAGCGGUCUGGGAACUUCUCUGCUGCAAUGAAAGACUUGUCAGGCAAACAUCCAGUGUCUGCCUUGAUGGAAAUCUGUAAUAAGAGAAGGUGGCAACCACCUGAAUUUCUCUUGGUCCAUGACAGUGGCCCUGACCAUCGUAAACAUUUCCUCUUUAGGGUAUUGAGAAAUGGAAGCCCUUACCAGCCCAAUUGUAUGUUUUUCUUGAAUAGGUAUUGAUAAAUGGAAGCGCUUACCAGCCCAGCUUUGCCAGCCCUAAUAAGAAGCAUGCUAAAGCCACAGCAGCUACUGUGGUUCUUCAAGCAAUGGGCCUUGUACCAAAGGACCUCAUGGCUAAUGCCACUUGCUUCAGGAGUGCCUCACGUAGAUAGAUUGAGGUUUUAUAUUAAUCAUUUCAGAUAACUUUACUCUGCAUCACAAUGUAUUUCCUCCCUAAUGUUGUAAAUAUUUCACAAUUUAAGACAUUGUGUAAAAAGCAAUCUGUACAAACAUCUCCAGGCUUUGGUUUUUGUACCAUGGAAAUUGUAUUUAACCAUACAGGGUUUUGGUAUGUUUAUAUUGUUUACCUUAGUGAUGUAUUUGUUUAAGUGGCUAACAUCAAAACAAUUGUUUGAGGGCAUCAGUAAUAUUCAGUGUGGAAUGUUAAAUAACGCUUUUAUACUGUAUUUUGUACUAUGAUGUAACUUCCCUUCCUUACGGCUAGGCUGCUGUAACACUUGCCUGUAAUCAGUGAAGGGCUGUGCACCUUGUACUAUUUCACAAUGGGUUCUGCUGGACAGAUACUGGGCCAGUGUUAUAUUAAGGUAAUGAAGCAAGAUCUGUUCCACAGGGCUAAUGCCACCAUCUCCCCCUUUUUGUAGAGAUUAUGAAAAGACAGUGAUACGUUGUGUCAUGAUCAGUACUAAGUCCUGCAUUCUCAUUAAAGCCACUUGGGUCAUAAGAAGGAAGUCAAAACGGAAGUCCAGCUAGAAUUUUACUUCAGAGGCCAAGUACAUAUUUAGUAUGGCUUGAGUUGUGAUAUAGUUUUACUUUGAUGUGCAUUUUGAAUUUCAGCUACACCUAGAUAGACAUAAAUAAUAAAAAUGCUGUAACCAACUUAUCUAAUAAAAAUUGGCAACCAGCCGCUAUUUUGUUGACUGAGAAAGUUUAAGUUUAUGUUAAUUUUUUAGGGUCUGAUAGAAUAUUCAUGUGUAUUACAGUGGUAUUCAUAUGCUAUGUCUCUAAACUUUAUUUUCAAAAGCUUAAGGCCCAAAUACAAACUUCUCUGGAAUAAAUGUGGUGUCUUA